AGCAGCAUUCUCCUGUCUGGAGGCGCGCGAGGCGGAGGUCAGCCUGGAGGGGAACUUGCCCUCAGACCUGGACCUGGCACCAUGAAGGGCUCUUGGGCUUUGGAGCUGGCUUUGCUGGCGGCGCUGCUUGGCUCUCCAACAGGUGGCACAAGACCGUCUAUCACUCCAUCAGGAUCCCCUUUAGUUGUGAAUAGUGGGGAAGAAUUAAAUCUGGUUUGUAGUUAUGAUGGCCCUGUGACCUGGCAUUUCCAGAAUGCGGACCCAUCAGCAAAGCCCAAACAUUUAAAAGAUAAAAAAUUUCACAUAGCUAAAGCUGGACCCAGAGACACAGGGAUGUAUAUAUGCAAAAACAGAGAAAACUUGAAUGACUCUAUUUACAUCUUUGUUAAAGAUCCAAAAGUUCUGUUCUUUUCUGAGCCUAUGGUAAUUGCAGUUGAAGACAGUGAUGCUCUUAUUCAGUGCCCAGUGACAGACCCAGACAUUUCAAAUUUCACUUUGAAAAGAUGUAAAAAUUCCAAGUCUCUCCCUGAGAAUAUUGCGUUGAUACCUGAUCCUCAGAAAGGAAUUACCAUAAAAAAUGUACAGAGAUCAUUUUUAGGUUGUUACCGGUGUGUAGCACAACACCAUGGAGUGGAAAAAGAGUCAGAAACCAUCAACCUUAUUGUGCGGCCAGUUCACAAAUCCCUUCCAGACAUCACCUUAUCCAAAGUCGACCAGCUUCUUAAAGAAGGCGAAGAAUUUGAAGUUACGUGCACAAUCAGGGAUGUAGAUAGCACUCUGCGGGCUAAUUGGAUUUUUCAAGGCAACGCGAAUCUUACAAGCAGAAGCAAGAAUGUGGGUGAUUAUGGAUAUGAACGAAAAUUAACGCUGAGCAUCCGUUCAGUGGGAGUUAAUGAUUCUGGAGCAUUCACGUGCCAAGGAAGCAACCCUUUUGGAACAUUGAAUGUCACUGUAACCUUGAAAGUACUAGGUAAAGGAUAUGUCAGUUUAUCAACUUCCACAAACACAACUGUGUAUGUCAAUGAUGGAGAAAAUGUGGGUUUAAUAGUGACCUAUGAGGCAUAUCCCAAACCAGAAGACGAAAUAUGGAUGUACAUGAAUGACACCUUGCAAAAUUCAUCUGAUCAUUAUGUGAGAGUCACAAAUAUAGACAAAAACAGAUAUUCCAGUGAGCUUCACCUUACUCGACUGAAAGGAACAGAAGGAGGCAUUUACACAUUUUUUGUGUCCAAUUCAGAUGCCAACUCCUCUAUAGCAUUCAGUGUCUAUGUCAACACCAAACCAGAGAUUGUCACUUCAGAAAGACUUAGCAAUGGGAUGCUUCAUUGCGUGGCUGCGGGGUACCCUGCCCCUACAAUAAACUGGUACAUUUGCCCAGGAACUGAGCAGAGGUGUUCAGAUUCACCAAAUAUUUCUCCAGUGGACGUGAAGACCAGAUAUAAUGAUUCACCUUUUCCUUCCUUUGGAAAGAUAAUUGUUGAAAGCACCAUUGAUGCCAGCAUAUUCAAGAACAAUGGCACAAUCACGUGUGAAGCUUCCAAUGCCAUUGACAGACGCACAGCUUUUUUCAACUUUGCAGUCAAAGAACAAAUCAGCACUCAUACCCUAUUCACUCCUUUGUUAAUUGGCUUUGGAGUUGCAGCAGGUCUCAUGUGCAUCACAGUCAUAGUUCUUGUGUACAAAUACCUUCAGAAACCCAAGUAUGAGAUUCAAUGGAAAGUGGUUGAUGAAAUAAAUGGAAACAGCUAUGUUUACAUAGAUCCAACACAGCUGCCUUAUGAUGACAAAUGGGAGUUUCCAAGAAACCGGCUAAGUUUUGGCAAGACUCUAGGAGCUGGAGCUUUUGGGAAGGUUGUUGAAGCAACUGCCUAUGGUCUGUUCAAACCUGACGGAGCGAUGAGAGUAGCUGUAAAAAUGCUUAAGCCCAGUGCCCAUUUCACUGAGAAGGAAGCCUUGAUGUCAGAACUGAAAGUACUGAGUUACCUUGGCAACCACAUUAACAUUGUGAAUUUACUAGGAGCCUGCACUAUUGGAGGUCCUACCCUGGUCAUCACGGAGUACUGCUGCUAUGGCGAUCUUUUGAAUUUUCUGAGGAGGAAACGUGAUUCUUUUAUAUACCCAAAGCAUGAAGAAACUGCUGUUUACAAGAACCUCCUCUAUCAAAAAGAACACAUGUAUGAUGCCACCAAUGACUAUAUGGAUAUGAAACCCGGAGUGUCUCAGGUUGUCCAUGCCAAAACUGCUAAGAGAAGUCCAGGAAGGACAGGAUCAUUCGCUAAUCAGGAUGUCACCAUUGCCAUCUUAGAAGAUGAUGAAAUGGCUCUGGAUAUUGAAGACCUAUUAAGUUUUUCUUAUCAAGUGGCAAAGGGAAUGAGCUUUCUAUCCUCCAAAAAUUGUAUCCAUAGAGACUUGGCAGCAAGGAACAUCCUGCUCACUCAUGGGCGGAUCACAAAAAUCUGUGACUUUGGUCUUGCAAGAGAUAUUAGGAAUGACUCGAACUAUGUUGUCAAAGGAAAUGCUCGACUUCCUGUUAAGUGGAUGGCACCUGAAAGCAUUUUUGAAUGUGUGUACACAUUUGAGAGUGAUGUCUGGUCUUAUGGAAUUCUGCUUUGGGAACUCUUCUCUCUAGGAAGCAGCCCCUAUCCCGGAAUGCCUGUGGAUUCCAAGUUCUAUAAAAGGAUUAAGGAAGGAUACAGAAUGUUUAGCCCAGAAUUUGCACCUGCUGCAAUGUACGAGAUCAUGAAGAGCUGCUGGGAUGCAGACCCUAUAAAGAGACCAACAUUUAAGCAAAUAGUACAACUGAUUGAACAACAGAUUUCAGAUACCACAAACCAUAUCUACUCAAACGUUACGAGUGGAAUUUGUAGCCAAGGGAAUGGUACAGAUCAUUCUGUGAGAAUCAACUCAGUGGGCAGCAGUGCUUCAUCUACUCAGCCUCUCCUCACAAAUGAAGAUGUUUGAAAACAAAUUCAGCCAGCCUGGAUUGAGAUUCUGCCAUUGUUAAAGGAAUAAAUACUGGUUGUUCCCAUUUUAUUCACUGCUACACCAAGAGUAGUAGGAAUGUUACAGUAAUUUUCUGUGGGUUUUUUUUUAUUACAUGCUGUUAAAAAUAAAAGUAGAUUACACAUCACAGUUACAGCAUUGUUACACUGUUUGCUAGAGUCUGUGUAUAGUUACUAUGUUAUUUACAUUUGUAGUGUAAAAGUGAAAAAAUAAACAUUAACAUUUAGGAUUGGGAAAGAAUUUCUAAAAAGUGGAGUAUGCAGUUCUUUGAAAACAAUUUUUUUAAGAAAGAUCUUGAGAGCUCUAACUGUAGAAAAUUGGUGGCUGUGUUUGAAAAUCAGU